AUGACAGAUGCAUCCGAGCCCGACCUGACUGCUGCUAGCGCCCUCGCCGGCGGCGCCCCGAGCUGGCGGUUCCAUGCCGAUGCCGAACCCGAAAGCUCUGGAAAGAACAAGUCGUCGCGUGCUGGCGCUGGCGUCGGCGACAACGACGACGAUGAGCCUGCCGUCGCCAAACCCUUCCACCGCACCACCAGUCCAGAUCCCACCUCGCGCUCGGGUCUUUUAGCCCCCGAGGAAGAAGAGGAAGAUGUGGGCAGGAUGGAUGGCACUUCUGGCGAACGACCACGGUCCAGGCUGAAGCACAAGAUGCACAAGUUCAGUCUCUACGAAACCUCCAGUCGCUUCUACAUGGUCGGCGGCGAUGUCACUGAGAAACGCUACCGCAUCCUCAAGAUCGAACGCACCGCAGAUGAGGCCUCAGAGUUGAGCAUCACAGAUGACAAGACCAUAUACUCACAGAAAGACAUGAACCAGCUGCUGGACACCAUCGACGACGGCAACAAGGGUACUGGAGGUCUAAAGCUGCGCUGCACUACCUGGGGUCUGCUUGGUUUCAUCAAGUUCACCGGCCCAUGGUACAUGCUGCUCAUCACCAAGAAGAGCACAGUGGCCAUGAUAGGUGGUCACUAUGUCUACCAAAUUGAUGGCACCGAUCUGAUUCCCUUGGUUUCGCCCAGUUUCAAGACAGACCAGCGGAACACCGAGGAGACGCGCUUCCUGGGCAUCUUGAACAAUCUGGACUUGACAAGAUCAUUCUACUACAGCUACUCGUAUGACAUCACUCGCACAUUGCAGUACAACAUUACCAGGGAACGAGAGGCGUUGCUGACCGGCCAGGUUGGUCCUAUGGAGGAUGACCUGAAUUCCAUGUUCGUCUGGAACAACCACCUGCUUCAACCUGUCACCAACGUCUUGAAUACUCCCUAUGACUGGUGUCGCCCCAUUAUCCACGGCUACUUCGACCAAGCCGCCAUCUCCAUCUACGGCCGAACCGCCCACGUCACUGUCAUCGCCAGAAGAAGCAGGUACUUUGCCGGCGCAAGAUUCCUCAAAAGAGGUGCCAACGACUUGGGAUACGUAGCAAACGAUGUCGAGACUGAACAGAUUGUGUCCGAGUCACUGACGACCUCCUUCCACGCCCCGGGCCCAAAGUUUUUUGCAAGCCCAGCUUACACCUCGUAUGUGCAGCACAGAGGCUCCAUCCCAUUGUACUGGACUCAGGACAACACGGGUGUAACACCCAAGCCGCCCAUCGAGCUGAACCUCGUUGACCCCUUUUACACGGCAGCAGCCCUGCAUUUUGAUAACCUCUUUGAGCGGUACGGAGCACCCAUCUACGUCCUGAACCUGGUCAAGGCGCGCGAGCGCACCCCGCGUGAAAGUAAACUGCUGGACGAGUUUACCCGCGCCGUAGAAUAUCUCAACCAGCUCCUGCCCAAGGAUAAACAGAUCAUCUACCGUGCCUGGGACAUGUCGCGAGCCGCUAAGAGUCGGGACCAGGAUGUCAUCGGGACACUGGAAAGCAUCGCCGAGGACGUCGUCCUCACGACCGGCUUCUUCCACAACGGUGACGGCCACACAUCCCCGAUCCGAGUCCAGAACGGAGUCGCGCGGACGAACUGUAUCGACUGUCUGGACCGGACCAACGCGGCUCAGUUCGUGAUUGGCAAGCGAGCCUUAGGCCACCAGCUCCAUGCUCUGGGCAUCCUGGAGGACACUACUGUCAACUACGACACCGACGCCGUCAACCUGUUCACGCACAUGUAUCACGACCACGGCGACACCAUCGCCGUCCAGUACGGCGGUUCGCAGCUUGUCAACACCAUGGAGACGUACCGAAAGAUCAACCAGUGGACCAGCCACUCGCGCGACAUGAUUGAGAGUUUCAAGCGGUACUACAACAACUCGUUUCUCGACGGCCAGCGGCAGGAGGCCUACAACCUGUUCCUUGGUAACUACAUCUUCGCCCAAGGGCAGCCCAUGCUCUGGGACCUGGCCACCGACUACUACCUGCACCACGAAGAUCCGCGGCAGUGGCUCGAGAAGCGCAAGCGGCACUACAUCAACUGGUACACGCCUGAGUUUCUCGAACCGCGCGUGCUGCCCCCUUACCCGGCCAUCAAGCCCAACUCGGCGCCCAGCAAGAUCCCCGUGUCCCGCUACGACGACUACUGGCUCGAAUACAUACCCUUCAAGUCCACCCAGGAAGGCCGGUACGACCUCAGCCCGUUCCGCGUGCGCGGCGAGGUAGGCGGGACCGGUGGCGGUGAUGGUGACCAUGCGAAUGACAGGAAGAAGGUCAAGAAGGAGGUGACGUUUGCCAACACCACCACCACGAACCGCGCCGACCACUUCCAGGGAACAAGUCAUCUAGCCGAGGACGCCGCGGAGAAUGCUUCAGCGAUGAACGAGAAAGCUGCUCUUGCUGCCAUGGACAACAACGGCGGUGGCGGCAAUGUAGCAGCACCUGGUCACCACCGCGGCAUCUCCCUUCAGCGCUGGCUCCCCGGCGGCGGCGGCAGCACCAAGGAAACUCAAACCACCUCCGCUGGACCCUCAGACCCAAAUACUACCACCGCCAACAACCCACGAACCCUCGGCCGGGAAUCCUCCAGUAAUAACAACACCAGCGAAAGCACUGAGCUUGGAGGAGACUACCCCUACCGCCCCUUCAGCAAUUACCACACCAGCCUCCACCACCACCAUCAACAACUUCCGUCCAGCAGCAACAAUGACUACACCUAUACCACCUCUUCUGCACAAGGAGGAAACAAACACCUCUCCGCCCAAGAAAAGACGCGAGCCGCCCAGUGGACCUUCACCAAAGUAGUGCACUCCAGCCUCAACCCGACCGUCAGCACAGCCGAGGCCGAGGACUACGCCCGCUACGUUAGUCAUCCACACCACUUGCCGCUGGUGGUGUCGAGUGAGAUUGCACCCGGAGAGGUCGAGCCCGAGUAUCAGGAGUAUGUGAAUGGGAGUUGGCAGUAUCCUGCUUCUGUCGUAGUUGAGGACGACGAACAUGGAGAUGGUUACGACGGCGGGUUAGGCAUUGCGGGCUAUGCGAGUAGUAUGUACAGUGGUUAUGGCGGCGGUGGUGGAGUCACAAGAGGAGCCCUAGCAGGAACUGGAGGAGGUGGUGAGAACAACAACGGAACAAACACUGGGUCUGGGUCUGGGUCUGGGUUAGCAGACGAUGACAAGGCGCUUUACAUUGAGAUGCUCAAGGUCAGCGAGAACCCGCUCACCGUUACCGAGGAGGACGCGCAGAAGAAGAGGUAUAAGGCCUAUAGGAAGUGGUUGAGGGGGAAAAGCCUCUUCAAACAGCAGCCGGUGGACUAG